AUGGCGAAAUUUCUUCUUCACAACACCUUCUUCCUCUUCUCCAUCUGUUUCCUUAUACUUUUCAUCAAUCAUUCAUCAGCAAGAUCCAUUCAAAACCCAGUUUUCAUUCCAUCAUCAGCACACAAAGAACUACAAACCAAUGGUUUUCCGAUUGGUUUACUACCAAAAAACGUCUUAAAUUAUUCUCUGAACAAAACAUCUGGAGAUUUCUCUGUAAAUCUUGGAUAUACAUGUAAACUUACACUUCCUCCUGAUAAUUAUGAAGCUACUUAUUCUAAGAAGAUUACUGGGAAACUUGUUGAAGGUAAAAUUGGUGAAUUGAAAGGGAUUAGAGUUUGGGCUUUUUUUCAGUGGUGGUCUAUUACUGGGAUAAAAUCUAGUGGUGAGAAUUUGGUUUUUGAAGUUGGUAUGGUUUCUGCUAAAUAUCCAGCUAAGAAUUUUGAUGAAAGUCCUGAGUGCCAGGGAAAGCAUUCUUCUUACUAA